AUGGUUUUAAAGGCGGAACACACCAGGAGCCCCAGCGCAACCCUCCCCUCCAAUGUGCCUUCAUGCAGGUCCUUGUCAUCCAGCGAAGACGGCCCCAGUGGCCCUUCCAGCCUCUCAGAUGGGGGCCUAGCCCACAACUUACAGGAUAGUGUCGGGCACCGCAUCCUCUACCUCUCAGAGCAGCUGAGAGUGGAGAAGGCCAGUCGGGAUGGCAACACCGUGAGCUACCUCAAGCUGGUGUCCAAAGCAGACCGGCACCAGGUGCCGCACAUCCGGCAGGCCUUUGAGAAGGUGAACCAGCGCGCCUCUGUCACCAUCGCCCAGAUCGAGCACAGGCUCCGCCAGUGUCACCAGCAGCUCCAGGAGCUGGAGGAAGGCUGCAGGCCCAAGGGCUUACUGCUGAUGGCAGAAAGCGACCCAGCCAACUGCGAGCCACCCAGCGAGAAGGCCCUGCUUUCAGAGCCCCCCAUGCCGAGUGGGGAAGACAGGCCCGUCAACCUGCCCGAUGCCAGCACACCCUUCACCGAGGAGAGUCGCUUCCAGAGCUCACAGCAGGGGACGCGCUUAGAGACAGAGGAUGUGGCCCGGCAACAAAACCUGAUAUUGCAGAAGGUAAAGGAAGAGCUGGAAGAAGCCAAGAGGUUCCACAUCAGCCUCCAGGCGUCCUAUCACAGCCUAAAAGAGAGGUCUCUGACUGACCUGCAGCUGUUGCUGGAGUCCCUUCAGGAGGAGAAGUGUAGGUGAGGCCUUGGCUUUGGGGACUGGAAGCAGAGGAGGAAGCGCUCCCGGGAGCCACGUCUGGGAGGGUGAAAGGGAGCCAGGACAUGAGCCUGGAGA